CCGCGGAUCCGCGCUGCUUGGAGAAUUUGGUAACUGGAAGAGGAGAUCCAUGCUCAACGGCGUUGCUCCUUGCUGCUGUGCCACGCCCUGCCCCGCAGAGGGUAGCGGUCUCCAUUCCGGAGAGAUAGUUCUACCUCCAGUGUCCUGCAGAACGUGAAGUGUCUUGCCCCUGCCUACCAGGACCAGAAUGAACGGGCUAUUUCUAGCAGUUUGGUUCUUCAUUGUGCCGACCAGAUGGGCGGCACCAAAGAACAGCAGUGCCAGACCUGAGAUCCCCCACGAUUCUAUGGAUCAACCCAUCCUGAAUCCUCUCCACCCAAGCCAAGUUUCUCUAAAGAUGCUCCAAGACUAUCUGGAGAACAUUGGGCAGUUGAAUGAGGAUGCUGCUACCAUGACAAGGGAACAGGCGCUCUUGCUUCUCUUUGCUCUCCAUGACUAUGACAAAAGUGGGCACUUGGAUGGUCUGGAAUUCAUGAGACUGCUGAGUGAAUUAGUGUUCCAACAGGCAAAAGAACAGCCUGCACCUGACACGGUAGUGCCAAUGGUGGACAGUAUCUUGGAGACUCAGGACUUCAACUGGGAUGGACUACUGGAGCCUUCAGAGUUAUUUCUUCCUCCACGGCAAGGAGAGAAACCAAACUUCCGUACGGCUGUUAGUGAAGAAGAUGGUCCAGUCCUGUGGGCACUUCCUAAGCCAAAUGAAGCAGCCAUUGGUUUCCCAAGUCCCUCCGAACAACAAAGUAAUGGAGACUCCCCACCUGAACCAGCAGUUCAGGAACAAGACAUGAUGGGUGACCAAGUGUGGAGCCUGGAGAAGCAUGGGGCAGAGCUCAACCAGGAAACCGCAGGAGACCCAGAUCAACAAGGGGAAGAGAUGCCCUCUGCUCCAGGAGAUUGAAAUACACCCUGUAUAUAACCUUAGGUGAUUAGCCAAGAAGUGAGAACUGAAGGCCUCUAGGUCAAUUUCAGAAAUGGAAUGCAGAUAAUCACCUCUUUCCCAACAUUUCCUUCUGGGUUUACCAAAGCAAAACAGAAUAGGAUUGAUUCCCUGUUCAGUCAGCUCCACUGUACCCUGUUAUCUAAAGACAGCCCUUUUCCAGCUUUCAAGGGAUAUAUACCCCAGAUCUUGAGAAUCAGAAGUCACUAAAAACUUCUCCUCACACAAUGGCUCCACUUUCUCCUCAGUGCACCUGAGUGCAUCAUUCAGACAUGGAAACACCCCCCUCCCCCCCACAGUACUACAGCCUUUCCAGGAGGUUAUGCUACCUAGGUAGGAAAGAUUUCUCUAAACUGAAAAGCCUGUCUUAGCAGGUUGCCUUCCUGAAUAGUCUCUCUCUUCACAGAGCAGGCUCCCGAUUCUAGAUGGCCUACUUAGGAUCUCUUGCUUUGCCUUCCUCAAGUAAAGAGGUACUGCACAGAGACAGGACAGAACUUACAACUAUAAUUUCCCAGUCUCGCCAAGGCUGUAUCUGUGCACUUCAGAUGUCCGUUCUGAUCGCUCACUCAGCAGGGUCCUUUGGGGAAAAGCCUACCCAACACUGCAGAAGGCAUCAGGUAUGUCUUUUGCCAUGGUGUUUAAAUGACAUAAUUCAAAUGACUGCCCAUUUCAUAAAAGUGAUUCUGAAACAAAACCACAAUCCAUGUUUUCUAAGGUUAAACCAGUAAACUCCAAUCACGAAAGAGAACAUAGCUCACCUAACAACCUGGUCCAAAACCUAGGGAAACAGCCAGAGAUGCGUAUGCUUCUCCUACACUUCUGCUUUUUCUAAUCUGCCAAUAAAUCGUCUUCAAACUGAAUUAUGUCUCUGUACCAUAUAGGAAGAGGAAUAAAUUAUCAGGAAUCUUAGUGGCUCAGAGAGGCAAGGACGAACUUCCCUUACAAGGUAGUGGAGCUGAUCAUCAUAGUAUCUGACAAAGAGGAAAAAUUCAAGGACCGUCACAUCAGAUUAAUCAACUGGACAGCUGGCUGUUUAUACUGUGUUCUGUACUGUAAUGUCUUCAGCAGGAAGAGAAGUAGGCUCAGUAGUGGGGAGGAGUGUUCUGGCUGUUGUUGGGUGGCAUCGAUUACCUUUCUCCUUUUCUCUGUUACUUUACUAAAAUCUUUUAAAUCGCUCCCAGCUUGGUAUACCAAAUAGCAACAAGUGCGUCAGCAGCAUCUUAAUUCCACGUCCUCUCUCCCCUCAUAACUUCCGCCACUUCUGGAUCUGGCUGGCUGAGGCACAGCUAAUCCUUUUCCCUCGAGGCUUGCCUGUGUAUGUGUGUGCGUACAUACACACAAACCUUAGACUGGAAUGCCUUGCAUAAUCAACGAGGAGCAAUCAGCAACUUCAAGUAUUUUAUUUAUCUUUUCAUGGUUAUACAGCGAAACCUCUUUUCCUGCUGGCAGGAGACAGAAGCGUCUGAGCCAGCUUAGCCAGACUGCAUAUGGAAUGUGUGGCAGGCAGCCUGACAUGUCUUCCCACCUGCAGGAGAUGCCAAAGGAGCAGUGCCAGUGCCACUAACAAAUAGAACACUACCA